AUGGGAGAAGGAAAGUUUCGCUGGGAGGAGGCAUUCCAGAGCACGUGGGAUACGGGGGGAGGAGUCGGGGAUAAUUUUACGCUGAAUGUGAGCAGGAGGACGGAGAACCUCCAGAGGGGGAUAGUUCGCCGGGUUCUGCUCGUUCUGGACGUAUCUUCCUCCGUUGAGGAGAGGGACUUUCUUCCCUCGCGGAAGUACUACGUGAAAAAGGCUGCGAGUAAAUUCUUUCGAUCUUUCACUGAGAGUAAUCCCCUCUCUACGAUGGGAGUAGCUGUAGCGUACGGGGGAAGUUCGUAUCUUGGAAGUUCUACCGUGUGCGAGGAGGGAGAGAUAGAGGCUCUUCUGGGGCAGGCGGAGGGAGGAGGAGGAUUCUCCCUGGGGAGUGCUUUGGAGACGGCUGGGGAAUUCUUUGAGGGGUGCUCCUUCGUGAAGGAGGUUGUUUUUGUCGUUUCUUCGCUCUCCUUCUCGGGGAGGGAUCCUGUGGGGAUAAAAAAUGCGCUUGUAAAUCGGGGAGUUAUUAUGCAUACGAUACACUUAGCGGGGGAGGUGGAAAUUCUUCGGAGAGUGAGCGAGGAGAGUGGGGGAGUGUUCGGAGUAGUUAACUCCCCGGAGGAUUUGGGGGCUCUCCUGGGACUUGUUUGCGUGCCUCCCCCGCAUUCUGCACCUGCUCGUCUCUCGAUGCUUCGCGUGGGAUUUCCUGCGGUGAUCUGCGAGAGUACGCUUUGCUCCUGCCAUUUGAGGAUGAACGAGUGGGGAUACGAGUGCCCUUUCUGCACUACGAAAGUCUGUUCUAUUCCUGGAGUCUGUCCUAUCUGCGAGAAUAUUCUUAGUGCUGCUGUUCACCUUCUGAAGGCUUUGCACUGGAGUGAUUCUGCGCCUGUUUUUGUGCCGGGAGGGAGAGGGAAGUGUCGGGGGUGUGGAGAAUUCGAGGUUUUACUGCACGAGUGUCCGUCCUGCAGAUGUACUUUGUGCGGGGAAUGUACUGGAUUUGUGCGACAGGAGCUUAACUUCUGCAUAUUCUGUCCGUGA